UGUUCCGUCUAAAAAUGCAAAAACUGCGUUUUCAGUGUGAAUUUUACAUGACGCGCAUUAUACUUGUGGUCGCGGACUACAAGGAAACAAGGACAUAUACGCAUUUUAAAAUGGCGCAUGAAAGUAGUGGCUGGUUUCUUUUUCUUGGAAUUUUCGUGCAUAUAUUUUAUCUCUCAUCGGUUUUUCAUAUAUAUUUUAAAUCACCUAUAAUACCAGGUUUAAAAAAGGUUGCUCAUGCAACUGAAACCCCUGCAAAACGAUUGGUACUUAUCAUAACUGAUGGGCUUCAGGCUGAAAAGGCUUUUCAUAGAAAGUAUGAAGAAAAUACCAAGUUUUUGAGAUCAGUGAUAAAAGAUAAGGGCGUCUGGGGAGUAUCACAUACUAGAGUUCCAACAGAAUCAAGAGUUGGUCAUGUAUCACUCAUUGCUGGAACGUAUGAGGAUGUUUCAGCUAUAACUAAUGGUUGGAAGGAUAAUCCUGUAGAUUUUGAUUCUGUAUUUAAUCAAUCAACAAGAACAUGGUGUUGGGGAAGCCCAGACAUUCUGCGUAUAUUCGAUAAAGAUUCUAUGCACAUUGUUUCCCAUUCAUAUGAUGCUAGCAAAAUAGAUUUUGGAGAUAAAGAUCCAUCAAAAUUAGAUAAAUGGGUUUUCCAACAUGUUGAAGAGUUUUUCUCGAAGGCAAAUAAGAACGAUAAAUUAUAUUCACAACUUCAUAAUGACAAGAUCGUAUUUUUCCUUCAUUUAUUAGGAACCGAUACUAUUGGGCAUGUGAAAAAACCUGACUCAGAAGAGUACAUCGCAAACCUGGCUCUAGUUGACAGAGAGAUUAAAAAAAUCAGCAACUUAAUCAGUGGUUUUUAUGAUAACGAUAACAAAACUUCAUAUAUAGUGACAUCCGAUCAUGGCAUGACACCUUGGGGUGCGCAUGGUACAGGUCUACAGAGUGAAACUGAGACACCGUUUAUAGCAUGGGGAGCUGGUGUAAAGAAAUCAUCCAGAAAGCACAACAUAAAUAAUGAUCUGCAGAGUACUGUGUGGGGUUUAGAAGAUAUGGAACGUUAUGAUAUUAAACAGGUUGAUAUAGCACCACUGAUGUCUUUUUUGAUAGGUACUAGUAUUCCUGUAAAUUCAGUUGGUAUCUUACCAUACAAAAUUUUGAACAUAAGUGAGAAGAGUAAAGCUGAUGGAAUGUUAGCUAAUGCUAAACAAAUAAUAGAACAAUAUCAUGCUCAUGAGAGAAAGGCACAGCAUUCUUCGUUUUUCUUUAAAACGUAUUCAGGAUUUGCUGAUAGCAGCGUUAGGACGAAACUAGCGUAUAUAUCAGAUAUGAUUGAUCAAAAGGACUACUCAAUCGCCAUUACUAAAUGCGAAGAAUUGAUAACGUCUGCGUUGGAGGGUGUGCAGUAUUACCAUCAGUAUAACAGAUUAUUUUUAAGUGUUAUGGUUAACAUUGGAUUUGUAGCAUGGAUUUUAUAUGUUUUGAUGAAUAUAUUGGAGUAUCACACGACUGUUUUUAAAGAGAAACUAUCUCAUUCAAGGUGUAACAACUCCACUUACGUCUAUUAUGUUACUCUCUCAAUCAUCUGUUUUGUUUACUGGUUCAAAUCUGCAGAUCUUGCAGAUAUUGUGUACACCUUAAUACCUUUGAUUAUGUGCGAAAGAGUGAUUAACGGAGGAGGAAGCAGAAUUCGAAGCAUUGUCGCCAUAUUAAAGAAGUCAAAUCUCUUAUUUUAUUUUCAAGUUUUAUGCUGUCUCGCCGGAACGGAAAUCAUUGUAGUGGCUUUCUUCAACAGGGGAGCACUUUCUGUGAUUUCAUUAUGUUUAAGCAUGUUGCCGUGGUAUAAAAUAGUAACAAACUCUUCUCCGUGGAGUAUAAUGCAUAAAAUUUCUUAUAUUGCUUGGACUGUUAUUAGUUUAAUUAUAUCAAUUUUCCCGCUGUUACCGGUCGUCACUAGGGAGGAGAACUACUUUUUAGUUCUUUUAGCUGGCUUUAUAGCCUCGACCAUCGGUGUUAUAUACAGCUUGUUAGUAAAAUCACGUGAUACAUCCAUCGUAUCGCUAUUAACAGGAAUGUUAGUGCUUAGCCUCGUUUUAAAAAUGAACUCAGUGAAGCAUGUACAACAUGGGGACGGUUUACCACUUGUCAAUCAAAUAUGUAGUUGGGUAUUUUUACUGGUAUCGCCAUGCCUCGGUUUCUUGGUGAACUCAAAAUCAAUUAUCCGUCUAUUAGCCGUCAGUUUGUCGUUGUUUUCCGUAUAUAUUUUGACGGCAAUAUCGUAUGACGCUCUAUUUUUAUUGGUUCUGACAGUGCAGUUAAGUUUGUGGAUUUUCUUGGAAGUGAACAUUCUAUCGAGUGAGGCUGGCAAAAAAAGUUGGGCAAGCAAGACAACUGUUGACAUUUUAUCCACUGAUCAUCUGCGUGUCUCUUUUAUGUUUAUUUACUUUAUUUUUUUGGCGUUCUUCGGGACAGGUAACAUCGCAAGUAUUAAUUCGUUUGACAUUGCAACCACGUAUUGCUUCAAAACGAUAUUCAAUCCAUGGAUCCAAGGUUUUAUACUUGGUGUAAAAGUGUUGAUACCGUUUCUUGUGGUGACCUACUUUUUUCGCUCGCUGCAAUCAUUGACUCGAUUACCAAUGCGAGGUUUAUUCUCCAUCAUAUUGCUUUUGACUGAUAUUAUGGCAAUUAAUUUUUUCUUUAUGGUUAAAGACGAAGGAAGCUGGUUAGAUAUCGGUCAAAGCUUAAGCCAUUUUGUAAUCACUUUAAUUUUUAUUGUGUUUUUGCUUCCAGCUUACGAACUUUCUUAUUUUAUUAGUGGACGUAUUGAAAAUGAGAAUGUAAAGUUUCAUUCGUUAUAAAGAAAUAUGUUUUAGGUGUAUGGAAUUUUAGCGAAUCAAAUUUUUAUCUGCAAAUUAUUUUUUAUAAACAUUUAGGAAAUAUAAGAUAUUAAAAGUCGUUAUUUAUCGAAAGCACCCUGUUACCGUGAAUUUAAUUUUGCGAAAACACAACAUCGCAAUGAUUUCUCGCGCAAUUUCUUUUAUCAGAUUUUCGAUGGCCAAUCGAUUAGGUUCGUUUAUAGCCGUGUAAUUCAAAUGACAUCUACAGCAGCCUCUCAAAUACAGAUUUCCCACAGAUUCUGCAAAAUCCAGGAAUUUCUUAAUUUUUCUAAAAUUUUCUGGAUAAGUCCUUAAAAAUCAGUCGUUCUCAGUUGCUUAUUUUGUUCAUAAUAAUUGUAUUUUAAAUUACUUUUUUAUUUAUUUAUUGUAGAUGUCAAAAUCAUAUUUUAAAGAUUUCGGAUUAAAGGGUUAUUUGUUGUAAUUUGUAGAUGUUAUAAAGAAUCUUUCAUUUUUGGCGUUGACAAAAAUAAAGUGUUUAGUAAUUCAAAGUUUUCGCUACUUGUUUGCACUCGCUUUUAUUUUUUAUAUCUAUUUUUAUUUUUUUUAAUAGAUACACCAUUAAGAGGAUUAAUUUAUGCUGAAUUAAUCGGGCAUGCUUAAUUUGUGUACCACUUUGUCUCAAUUUGCCAAAAUAAUCCCGCAAAAAAAAAUUCGAUUUGCAAAUUAUAAUCCGCAAAAACAAGGAAAA